UCCCUCCAGUGAAGAACCCCAGUCACUUCCACAAGUACCUGAAGAAGGACGGAAGAAACCUCUGAGCUUCCAGGAAACAAAAAGAGAUGAUUCUGCCAGUGGUGUUCCUGUGUCUCACAGUUGUGGUGCCUCUGUCCACUGCAGAGGAACCUGAAGAUUUCGAUGCCCUGUCAACUAACAGAACAGAUCAGCAAAAGCUUAUUGUUGACACACAUAAUACCCUCAGGAAAGGAGUAAAACCAACUGCCAGCAACAUGCUGAAGAUGGAAUGGAAUGCUCCAGCUGCAAAGAAUGCCCAAAACUGGGCCAAUGAAUGUACUUUAAGUCACAGUCCUGCUAGCAAGAGGAAAACCAAUGUACAAUGUGGGGAAAAUCUCUUCAUGUCAAGUGUCCCUUUCUCAUGGUCAGACGUUAUUCAGUCCUGGUACAAGGAGGAGGAAAAUUUUGAAUAUGGAAUUGGAGCAAAAUCAGAAGGUGCUGUGAUUGGCCAUUACACUCAGGUGGUUUGGCACAAUUCUUACCAAGUUGGAUGUGCUGUCGCUUUCUGUCCCAACAGCACAUACAAAUACUUUUAUGUCUGCCAGUACUGCCCCAUGGGGAAUCUAGUAAGUUCAAUGAAGACACCCUACAAAAAAGGAGAACCCUGUGGUGAUUGCCCUAAUGCUUGUGAUGAUGGAUUAUGCACCAAGCUUUGAAAUUUUGAAGAUGUUUAUUCCAACCAACUUUGCAAAGUCUCCUGGAUGUACCCAUAACUUCUUCAAGUUCAUGGCCCUCUUCCUGCCAAUGCAAAACUGAAAUAAUAUAAUGGGCUCAAUUUUUCCUUCCUGGACAUCGGUCUCUUUAGUGAUUCCUUUCACAAAAGCCAGAAUCCAUCCUAUCUCUCCCACAUGUGCAGAAGGACUAACUUUAGUCCAGUGGCUGACAUGAGAAAAAAUUAUAGGAGGAUGUAUGUGUAUAUUCUGUUUGUAUAGUGUUUCUAGUUUCCACUAGUACUAUUCCAUUUUAGAAUGUGUGUCUACGUCUAGAAUGUGUAUGUUGACAUACAUUCUACCAUAUAAUGCUCACCUGUAAAAGAAAACAAACAAACAAGCUACAAAACUAUAUUUCCCUUAAAUUAAUGAUUCUGCUUAUAAGAUUGCACUCAGCAUAAAUACAGGUAACCAAACCUGACUUCUAAUGAAAAAGGACUGAUAAAACAACUUAUUUUACAAUAAUACAUAGCCAAGGGGGAAGGUCCCUGCAUUUGGAAACUUUGUUUUCAAUAAGUAGAUGUGUCUUCUAAUGCUUUUUUUUUAAUAUCUGCUUUUGCUGUAUCAGUCAUUAAAUUAGUCAUUCUUCAUUGACCAAUUCAUUGUAAUUUUCAUUCUUUCUUAUUACUAUGGAAUAAAGUUCAUUAAAUCUCCA